GAUAAUAAAAAUGGGGGGUGACCGGUCAAAACAACUAAUCCGACCGGUUUAUGUCCCACUCCCUCCCUGCACCUAAAUAAUAUGGUAAUUCAUUCAUUCUUUUCUACUUUCAUGUUUUUUUUUUUUUUUUUUUUUAUAAAAAAAAUUAAUGAAAUGUUGUCUGAUCUCUAUCUCAUAAUAUUAUUAUUAUUUCAUUUCAAAACAUGUGAUGUGAUGAUUAUCAGCCAUAAACUGCAGUCAGGAUCAUACAGCUAGCUAUAACAAACCACAUGGAAAUUUCAAAUAGUUCACAAAACAUGAGAAAUUAUUCUCAAGAACACGCAUCAUUACCCCCUAAAAUCAGUAAAUAUGAAAUAAGUGAAUCAUGUUUAGAAGGAUUGAUGUCACAAUUAGGCAAAGAGUGCGGACCAAGGCGAUAUCAUCGAACAUAUUCGGAUAGCAUGCUAGCAUCUGAGCAGCAGCACCAGCAACAGCAGCAGCAGCAGCAGCAGGAAGUACCUUAUUGGUUGAAAGAUCUCCUUGAUGACGAUGAUGAUGAUAACGAUGAGCCUGAAGAAUCAGAAGAGAAGCUGCAGCCUAGUACUAAUAAUGCAUGCAGCAACAGCAGCAAGGCUCAUAGAAGAUCAUCAAGUGACUCCUUGGCAUACUUAAAUAAUAAAACUAUUCUUCAAUAUUCUCCAGAAAGGAAGGAACAAAAUAAUAUGUAUCUUCUAGCUGCAGACCAACAACCCUCCUUUCUGCACCAAAAUCAUCCUAGAACCGAUCAUUCAAAACGCGGUAAAAGGCAUUCAGCUCAACAAUAUCGAGCGAGGAAAGUUCAAUACAUUGGAGAACUAGAAAGAAGUAUCCAGGCUUUACAGGCAGAAGGAUAUGAAGUUUCAGCAGAGCUUGAAUUUCUUGAUCAGCAAAACCUCAUAUUAGGUAUGGAGAAUAGGGCCCUCAAACAACGGUUGGACAGUUUAUCCCAGGAGCACUUCGUCAAAUGUUUGGAGCAGGAAGUGCUUGAGAGAGAAAUCACAAGACUUAGAAAUUUGUAUCAACAACAACAACACAAACAACAGCAGCAGCAGCAGCAGCAACAACAAAAGCAUCAUGGUAGGAAUCGAUCUAAACAACGUCAAGAUCUUGAGUCAUCAAUUGCCAAACUUUCUUUGAAAAAUAAGGGAACCGAAUCAUCGCAGAAAGCCAGAUAGAUAUUUUGAUCAGAUUGUAUUGUGAUUUUGUGAGCUCUCAUAUAUUCUCAAUACACACAUACAGUAACAUCACAGUUCACAACACAGUCAUCCAUAUAUAACCAUAUAUGUAUAUGUGUGUGUGUGUGUAUAGUAUCUAUUCUAGUUUACAUAGUAGAGUUAAUGUCCCAAGAAUGUAUAGUAGAAUGGAUCUUGUAGAAGAAAGUUUAUUCAAAUUCAAAUUGGCUGGCUGCUAUAUCAUUAGUGGCAGUAUUCUGGUGUUGCCAAAUAUUGACAAUAGAAUAUAGUUCUGGUAGGGUGUAAAAUUCUCUAUGUAAACUCUACAUUCUUUUAAUAAACUUCAUGUUAACCCUUCAUUUAAAUAGAAUA